AUGGCUUCGCCGGAGCAGGCGCUGGGCGCGCUCCUGGGGCUCGAUGAGGCCACUGUGAGCGAUCAGAUCGUGCCGUACUUGCGCACACACAAGACGCCCAAGGCUCUGCGGCUGUAUAUGCAGGACCUGAUCGGCACAUCGCCGGAGGCCAAGGCCCUCGCAGACCGGUGGGUGGCGGUGCGCUUUCCAGCGCGCGAGCCGCCGCGUCCACGCGAUACCAAGGGCGUGCGACUGACGCCAGCGACAGUCACAGCCGCGCUCGCCGAGUCGGAAGAGCGCGCGCAGCCACGCACACUCGAGCCGACAGCGGAUAUGAAGGCGCUGGACGCUGCGUUCGCCAUGCUAUCGACCGAGCCGUGCUCGACCGCUGCGGCAUCCUACAAGCCCGCGCGCCAGCGCCUGUGCCUGUGCCAGGGCCAGCGGCAUGGCCUUGCCAAGUGGGCCCCCCUCUGCGUAGCCUGUGGCCUGAUCCUGUGUGCGGCACUGCGCCCUGUGCCGGUGUCGCCCUGGUCCGUGUGCCCGUCGUGCCAGCAGAGCCCCGUGGUGCCGGCACAGACUCGCACACACAUGCUCAGCGAUAUGGUCGAUAUGCGCGAGCGCCUUGAGCGCGAGCAGUACGAGGAGGCCGCGCAGCGGCACGCUGAAUGGAUGGCCCAGCAUGCCAGCGGACAGUUGCCGCAGCAGGCAUUUCCUUCGCUGCAUGGUGCGCCGGCGUCUGCGCCUGCCCGUGCCGCCGCGCCGGCGCCGUCGCGCGCGCGCGUGCUGCAUCUCGACAUGAAAACGCACAAGGUCACGAUGGCGCGUGCCAAGCCGAGCAAGGCAGGGUCCGCUUCGUCGACGCCACCUAGCGACGCAGGCGCGCCGAGCGAGUGGGCCACCACAGCCGAAGACGGCUCGCCACUGCUGCAUGAUUGGGACGACGACCUGUUCCGACAGGCGUUUGGCCGCGAGGCCGCGCCGCCGAAGCAGGGGUCGCGGUGGGCCGACGUGCCAUGCGAGACGUCCCUGCGCGGUGUCUAUGUACCCAAGGAGCGGCGCGGUCCGCUGCGAAAGGCUGUCGAGUCAGAGAGCCUGACGGAGGUGCCUGACCUCGCGGACCUCCUGCGUCGUACGCCGCCAGGCAGUCACGCCGCGCAGGCGCGCAGGAACGACCGGACGCAGGCUGCGGCUGCGGCGGUCGCGCGGAGCCACGGCCGCAAGAGCGGCAAGGCAGCGCCGCGGCGCAAGAACGCAGGUAGUGCAUAG